AUGUGGUACCGGAGUGAUCGUCGAGUUUGGGUGCGCGUGCCAUCCGAGGCAUUCUAUCUCAGCUAUGCUACCCUCGUUAGCAACUAUGUGAAUAUCCUAUUGAUCUUCGUACCGCUGGGUAUCGUGUCGGGCACCGUUGGCUGGAAUCCCACCACUACCUUUGUUCUCAACUUUUUGGCAAUUAUCCCCCUGGCCUCCCUACUGAGCUUCGCGACGGAAGAGCUCGCCGCUACUCUUGGUGAAACUCUUGGUGGACUGCUGAAUGCCACGUUUGGCAAUGCCGUGGAGCUCAUUGUGAGCAUUAUCGCGCUUCAAAAGAAUGAGAUUAGAAUUGUCCAAGCCAGUAUGCUGGGUAGCAUCCUGUCCAACAUCCUUCUUGUCCUGGGUUGUUGUUUCUUCAUUGGUGGCCUCAAGCACCAUGAGCAGACCUUCAACUCCACCGUCGCUUCGACAAUGUCAUCACUCAUGGCCGUCGCAUCGGCAUCGCUGAUCAUCCCAGCAACACUCUAUGCGGCCUUGGCCACAUCAAAAUCCGAUCCGCAACGCAAUAUCCUGGUCCUAUCGCACGGAACUUCAAUUAUCUUACUAAUUGUAUACAUCAUGUAUCUGUACUUCCAACUGAAAUCCCACUCGGAUCUGUUUGAAAGUCAAUCUGGAGCUGCCCUGGAAGGGCAGAAUCAUAACGUGGAGGGGUCGCACGAAGAUGAAUCUCGAAUUCUCAACCCAUGGGCCGCUGGUGUCGCUUUACUGGUGGUCACUCUGGCUGUUGCAGUCUGUGCAGAUCUCCUCGUUGGCACUAUUGAUAGCAUCGUUGAAUCGGCACAUAUCAGCAGGACGUUCAUCGGCCUUAUCCUUAUCCCAAUUGUAGGCAAUGCUGCCGAGCACGUCACUGCGAUCGUGGUGGCAUAUAAAAACAAGAUGGACCUUGCCAUCGGCGUCGCGAUUGGUAGCAGCUUACAAAUUGCGCUGUUCGUCACACCGUUUCUCGUCAUUCUCGGCUGGAUCCUCAAUCGCGAUAUGACACUGCAUUUUCAGAUGUUCGAGACGGUGGCAUUUUUCGUGUCCGGGCUUGUGGUUACGUUACUCAUUCAGGAUGGAAAAUCCAAUUAUCUCGAAGGAGGCUUGUGCCUUGGAAUGUACGUGAUUAUUGCUCUCGCCUUCUAUGUUUAUCCAGACGAUGCCCAGGACCUUCCAUCUUUGAUCCGUAUGCUCACUUCGUCCUCUUCUUCGCUUUGA